GUGAGCAAGAGCUCGGCAGGAGCAAAGCAACUCCAGGGGCCGACCCUGGGCUGGACACAGCCGCGUGGCCAGAGAGAGGCUGACUGGAGCCCAGCUGUUUUCUGGCUGCCCCCAAUGGACCCCCAGGACUCCCCGAAGGAAGCGGUCCUCAUUACAGGAGGAGGUGGCUAUUUCGGUUUUCGCCUGGGCUGUGCUCUGAAGCAGAUGGGCAUCCCGGUGAUUCUCUUUGACAUCUGCAGCCCCCCUGCCCCGCUCCUGGAGGGAGUCGAGUUUGUCCAGGGGGACAUUCGCCGUCUCUCUGACGUCGAGGCAGCCUUUGGGGACCGCGGUAUCAGCUGUGUCUUCCAUGCCGCCUCCUACGGGAUGUCAGGCCGUGAGCAGCUGAACCCAAAGCUGAUCGAGGACGUGAACGUGGCCGGCACUGACAACGUCCUCCGGGCCUGUCGGCGACAUGGGGUGCCCAGGCUGGUCUACACCAGCACUUUCAAUGUCGUCUUCGGCGGCCAGGUGAUCAGGAACGGCGACGAGUCCCUCCCUUACCUCCCUCUUCACCUCCACCCCGACCACUACUCGCGGACCAAGUCGGUGGCCGAGAGGAAGGUGCUGGCAGCCAACGGGGAGACUCUGAGGACCUGCGCCCUGCGCCCGGCGGGCAUCUACGGCCCCGGGGAGCAGCGACACCUCCCCAGAAUCGUGAGCUACCUCGAGAGGGGCCUGUUCAGGUUCGUGUACGGGGACCCCGAGAGCCUGGUUGAGUUUGUCCACGUGGACAACCUGGUGCGAGCCCACAUCCUGGCCGCCGAGGCCCUGACUGACCGCAAGGGCCACGUCGCCGCCGGCCAGGCCUACUUCAUCUCCGACGGCCGCCCCGUCAACAACUUCGAGUUCUUCCGGCCGCUGGUGGAAGGACUGGGCUACCCGUUCCCGUCCGUGCGCCUGCCUCUGGCCCUGGUCUACGGCCUGGCCGUCCUCACCGAGUGGGCCCACUCCACCCUGGGUGGGCUCUAUAACUUCCAGCCCUUCCUCACCUGCACGGAGGUCUACAAAACCGGCGUCACACAUUACUUCAGCCUGGAGAAGGCCAGGAAGGAGCUGGGCUACGAGGCGCAGCCGCGUGACCUCCAGGACGUGGUGGCCUGGUUCCGAGUCCGCGGUCACGGCCGGAGUCCAGGGGACGGGGCUGAGGAGUGUGUCUGCCACUGGCUGCUGCUUCUCCUCCUUCUGCUGGUGGCGGGCCUCGCCUGCCUCCUCCUGUGAGGCUGGCACCGUGGAGAGAGGGCCACGAGGGCCGAGCUGACGCCCUUGCUGAGACGGCCUUCAAGAGAAACGGUUUUUGCAGUAUUUUUUUACGAUGCAUAGAUACAUAUGCCGAUAGAAUGAUAUCUGGUGCUCAAUUUUGACUCCUCCAGUUGCUACCUUGGGAAACCAAGUUCAUGAAUGUCACACUGCGUAAACACGUUACUUUAACUCUAACGACACAUUUUUAAAAUCACAAAUUGAGGGGCUGGAGUGAUAGCACAGCGGGUAGGGCGCUUGCCUUGCACGAGGCCGACCUGGGUUGGCUGACCUGGGUUCGAGUCCCGGCAUCCCCUAUGGUCCCCCAAGCACCGCCAGGAGUAAUUCCUGAGUGCAGAACCAGGAGUAACCCCUGAGCAUCGCUGGGUGUGACCCAAAAAGAAAAAAAAAACACAAAUUGACUCUGAUUGAUCUAAUUUUGUUUCUUUGUCUUAUUGAAUCACUGUGAGAUUCAAUAAUAAAUAUGAUUGUUCAUAAUUAGGUUUCAGUCAUAUGAUGUUUCAACACCCGCCCCUUCAUCAGUGUACAUUUCCCACCACCAAUGUCCUCAGUUUCCCUCCCCCAUGCCCCCACUGCUCUGCCCCCUCCCCACUUUCCUUCUUUCUCUCUUUCUCUUGCUCUCUCUUUCCUUCUGGGCAUUAUGGUCUGCAAUAUAGGUACCGGCAGGUUAUCGAGGAUCGAACAACACUUUUUGCUUAAUUGGUUUUGGUUGGUUUUUAUUUGCCAUGCUCAGGGGUUACUCCUGGCUCAUGCACUCAGGAAUUACGCCUGGAGAUGCUCAGGGGACCAUACAGGAUGCCGAGGAUCGAACCCAGGUCAGCUGCAUGCAGUGUAAAUGCCCUGCCCACUCUGCUAUUGCUCCAGUGC